AUGCGCAUUUCGCUGCCUGUUCUCGUUGUUUACCCAACCCCGCUUGACACCUACCUGAAGACUGCGCUCCGCUCUCUACAGGUUUUUUCAGGUUCAACAGUGGAGAUGCCUUCCGACGCAGGCAAAGGCCAGAACUUCCAGACAAGCGACGCCAAGAAGGGCAACAGUAGUAAUUCGGGUGGCAAGACGUUUGGCGAUAAGACCAAGUUCGAGCCCAUGCUCAAUUGCUGCCAAUUCCUCGAGCUGCCUGCUGAAAUCCGCAAUCGCAUAUACCACUUCGCCGAAGAAGGGGUAUAUGAUGACGACGAUGAUCUAAUACGACCGCUUCUGCUCAAGCGUUCUAAGGUCGCAAGUGACAGCACUACCGUGCCGCAUCUACUGAGCACGCUACGUUACCGUGCGCUCACUCAAGUCUGCAAGCAGAUUCGGACGGAGUAUCGGCCUAUGUGGCUUCGUCAAUCUCGCUUCUGCGUGGAACUCCCAACACUCGCUCAUUUCAUCAACGCAUACUACCCCAAGGUCGCAGAUUACCAGCACGCUCCAAAGCUUCUGCUAAUAUCCUGGGACCACGGUCAGCUUGGCGAUGAACUUGAGGAAGGUUACGGUGGGGACGAAGAGUCUAUGGAGGACGUCCUGACAAACAUCACCCUCCUGGCCCGCCUACGCGCACACUGCCCAACCUUUACUGUCAACUUCGCCUCCCGUCAGGUACUCGAAGACGAUGUGCCCAACGUAGAGUGCUUCGAAUGCGGACACAGCAUCCAUUGUGGAUGCGACAUGGACUGCGAUCACGAGGACACUUGGGGUGAAGUGCUUUGGCAAAUGAGGUGGAGUUAUGGGUAUCUCGACGCACUGGAUGCCUUCCUCGCCAACACCAACGAAAAUUGGCUGAAGAUGCUUCGCAGUACCACCAACCUACAACCUCGUGUAGAGUUCACUUUUCACGUAUACACCCAGCGUCUCACUAUCUACAUUCGUUUUCUGAAAGGCCAAGCUCCCAAGGGGUUCAAAUUGAAGAGCAUGUACAACUCUGCUCUUGGCUUCCUCAAUCACUGGGGUAUGUUGGAUCUCAAGGCUAGCGAUUCGAUCGACUAUGUCAUCGGCGAAGCAUCCGGCAAGUUCACGCGCCACGAUGGCGAAUGUCCUAGCUAUGUCAGCACGUACAACCAGAUCCACCUCGACAGUUCCACCAUCGCUGUCUGGAAGAAAGAGAAGGAGGCCAAGACAUCCGCGGCUUGA